GAUGCUGGCCAGGGGCAGCCAAUACCGGACCAUCUCCAGAUGGCUGUCCAGGGGAAGAGGCCCAUGGGAUGCAGCCCAGGGAUGCCGGGUCCGGGCCAGGGCAGGGGGGACUGGGGCAGCCCGUGCCCAGCCUGGCUCCUGGAGGUCCUGGAGGUGUGGGGCCAGGACAAGGACCACCCAUGGGCCAGGGCUACAGCAGAGCUCACGGGAUGAUGGGACCCAACAUGCCUCCUCCAGGCCCCUCUGGUCCAACAGGCAUGCAGGGCCAGAACCCCAACGGACCCCCCAAGUCCUGGUCUGAAGG